ACCAUGGCGUAUUUUAAGGCGUGACUCACCGUUUCCUUUCAUUCGAAAUUCUUCUUCGAUUUUUAUUAAAUUUUAUUUUUUAUAUUCAGGAAUUGAAUACUCUGUGCUCAGUCCUCUCUCUCUCUCAUCUUUGUGUAACUGUGUAUAUUCAUUUCACCACCUCAUCUCCCAAUAAAAAUUCUCUCUUUUUCGCUCCUCUGUUUUCUCAUGUUGGAAAUGCUGUGUUGAAUAUUCUCGAGAAACAAACACCACCUGAGAGAAUUAGGGUUUUUAUUCACUGCCCGAGGAUGCCAUUGACUAGGUACCAGGUCCGGAACCAGUACAGCUUGGCGGAUCCUGAGCUCUUCCGUGCCGCCGAUAAGGAUGAUCCCGAGGCGCUUUUGGAAGGCGUCGCCAUGGCUGGCCUCGUCGGGGUUUUGCGUCAGCUUGGCGACUUGGCUGAGUUUGCUGCUGAGAUAUUCCAUGACUUGCAUGAAGAAGUGAUGGUGACUGCUGCAAGGGGUCAUGGUCUAAUGGUUCGUGUCCAACAGCUUGAGGCCGAAUUUCCUUUGAUUGAGAGGGCAUUUCUUUCCCAAACUAAUCAUUCAUCAUUUUUUUAUAAUGCAGGUGUUGACUGGCAUCCCAAUCUGCAUGCUGAUCAGAAUCUGAUCACAAGGGGAGAUUUACCUCGAUUUGUAAUGGACUCUUAUGAAGAAUGUCGGGGUCCACCGCGGUUAUUCCUUUUGGACAAGUUUGAUGUUGCGGGUGCUGGGGCAUGUUUGAAGCGCUACACUGAUCCAUCAUUCUUUAAAGCAGAAUCAGCAUCCUCUGGGGCUGUGAAGUUACAGGUUCAGAGGGAAAAGAAAAUCCGCAAAGGAAAGAAGAAAGGAUAUCGCUGGAGGAAUGGAGAAACCCCAGAGGUUUUACCAGCGACACAUGCCAAAUUGCAUCAGUUGUUUUUGGUAGAUCGUGUUGAGAAUGGUACUGAUGGUCCUGCAAGGCUCGUGAAAUUGAAGAAAAGGCAACUGAAUGAAUCCCCUUAUUCAAAAACUGGGAGAAGUUACAUGGAGCAGUUUUUGGAAACUCAUUCGCCAGAGCAGGAAGUGGUUCAUGAAAUUUGUGUUAGUCCACCCUCAUUGAAAUUGGCAUCCAAUAGUGGUCAUGAGCCAGGGCUUGAAAUACUUGAAAUCAGUACAGUUAGUCCUUCCAAAGAGUCAUUGCAGAGGAAGAGUUCAUCUCCUCGUGGACAGGAAAAGGUCCAAAGACCUUUCAUGGAUGAGGUGGUUGAAGAAGCCAUUGAUGGAGCAAUUUUGAAGGUGCCUGAGUCAAACCCUGAAGGUGAAACUGACAAAAUUUCCUCUAUUUAUAAGGUGCCAGACGAAAGGGAAGUACAAGUUGAUGGGGAAAGCAAAAUAGAAGGCAAUGUUGAUGGGUACCAUUCUGAUGAUGUCACAAGUGACAAUUACAUGGAUGCCCUUAAUACUAUGGAAUCGGAAAUGGAAACAGACAUUGAGAAUAAACCUAAGAACAAGAUGGGUUUCCUCAAUGUUAAAAAACAUGGGACUGAUUCUGAUGCAAAUGAAGAAAACCAGGAACUUGGAGCUCAGUUUUCAGAUUCUCAAUCAAAUGGAGACUCUACACCAUCAGGGGAUGGGAGCAGUUUGUGCAAGAAAGGAAGAUCUAGUAUUUCCAACUCUGAUAUAAGUAAUUUAGCUGAGAACUCACCAUCCGAUGGUGAUGGAGCAGUUGAAGUGUUCCCUUGUACUGAUAUCUGUGUGGAUGAGAUUGUUGAUGUGCCAUCCAACCAUCUCUCCAUAAAUGAGGAGUCCAAACCCAAAUCUCAUGAGCAUGUAGUGCCCAAUGAUACAUGCAUUGAUGUAACUGAUGUCCAUGGUUACAGGUCUGAAUUUGUAGAGGCAUCUUGUACUUCGUCUCCUAAAGAUUUGAAUGUUAUGCUUCCGCCUGUGGAUUGUGGAAAAAGUUUGAAGGAAGUUUCAGUGGUGGAACCAGAAUUGGAUGGAACAUCCUGUGACCAUAUUAAACCUGGUACUGAAUUUUCAAAUGCUGUUGACAAUGAGACUGAUCUGGGUGACAAAUUAUCUGAUGCAAGCCAUCUCGAGAGCAAGUUAGAUGGUGCAGAUCCAAAUGUCUUUUCUGAUGCUUUGUUGCAUCUUUCAAAUGUUUCAGAUUUGGAUCCCAAAAAGGGAAGCAGUGAUAUGUCCAAUGUUUCUUCUUGGACAGAUGAUGACUUCUUCAGAGUGUCUGCACAAGCACAAAGCCAUCCUGUGGAUGAGUCAUAUGGUGGCAAUCCAAAUUUCCUUUCUGAUGUUCUGCAGCUCAUGUCAAAUGCUCCUGACCUGGCUCCUGAAAAGGAAAGUAGUGACAAUUUUGUGAAUGAGGUUCUACAAACAGAAUGUGGAAAUGAUAAUUCUACUGAAAUGUUGGUCCAUGGAAAGAUUGAUUCACCAAAACCUAUUACGUCACCUGCAGAAGAUCAGCUUCUUGGCUCAACCUUGUCAGGAUCACUGCCUGACUGUUCACCUGCUUCUAUUGCUUGUGAUGCUGAUGUCAAACCUGUUUGCAUUGUCUCCAAAAUUGAUGACAAUGUCCCAGAAAAUGGAUUCAACUUACAGAACUCAACUCCUGUGGCAGAUAUGCCACAGACCCUUACUCUUACAGAGCAGUGGUCUUCGGAAAUAACAGGUGGUGGUCCUCAACUUGAACUUGAUAUUUCAGAGAUGCAUGUUUCAUCCUCUGGAGAGAAAAUGAAGCUUGAAGGGGUUUCUGGUGCCUCAGAUGGUGAUGAAACACAUGGGUCCACCGGCAAUGAGGAUACAGUAGGAAGAACUUCAAUUCCUCUUCAGUUUUCAUCUGAUCAUCCAAAUUAUCCUGGUCUUGGAGAUCAUAUACUCUCAAGUGAUAUGGUAACUGAAACAGUUAAAGCAGAAACCGUGGCUGUAGGUGCUGCUACUGGUGCUGCUACUGGUGCUGAUAGUGAAGAUGAUAUUCCAUCCAAUAAUCAAAAUUGCCUAGUUCCAAAAGAUCUUUUAAUCUCAGAUGAUUCAAUACCUGAAACAGUUCAAGCAGAACCUGUAGCUGUGGCUGCUGCUGCUGCUUCUGGUGCUGGCAGUGAAGAUGAUUUUCCAUUUGGUCAUCCAAAUUAUCCAGAUCCUAAGGAUCACCUAAGCUUGGAUGAUUUAGUAACUGAAUCAGUUCCUGCGACACAUUUGGUUUCCACCGCUGCAUGUGAUGAUGAAGUUGAUGAUGUCAACAAUGUUAUUUGUCCGUCUCUGGAUUUGAUAGAGUCUCCAGGCAGGAAUAUUCUAAAUUUGCAAGAAACACUUCGGAGAGAAAUGGAGAUUAAUAAGGCAGUUCCUCCUGAGUAUGACAUAGAAUCAGAUGCACCAAAGGAAGUGAAUCAACUGGCAGCUGCUUUGACUGACUUGGACUCCAAUCCUGGCAUUACAGGAGCUUAUGGCCAUUCUAAUUCUGAAUUGCUCAAUGAUGUUCCUGAUUCAUGGCUGGCUGAACAAUACCAAGACAGUUUGCACCUUACAUCUUCAAAACAAAUCAAUCAGGAUUUGAAUUCACAAGUUGCUCCUCAUCAGAUUCAUCUUGGAGAGAACUCUGAACGUUUGGUGUCUUCACCUUCCCAUUACUUCCCAGAGCCUGGAGUUCCUUCGGAACAAGUGUUGGAUGUACAAGCUGAUGACAUCAGUGUGGAAUAUUUGCAUGCAGAUGAAGCAAGAUUGAACCCAUCAAAUCUUCAAUCCACACAAAUUCAUACUUCGAAUCGUAUAGAACAGGAAAGUUGCUUUGAUGCUUCUUCAAGAUCUUGUCCAAAAGACUUUUCAAGCGAACCUUUAGUCUCAGAGUUCCCAUUGCAGUCAGCUGGAAAGAAAUUAGAGAGUUCUAAGCCAGCAGUAGAUCCAUCAGAGGUACCAUUUCCAAGAUUUGGCCUGCUUCCUGAGGCAACUCAAGUCAAUCCCGAUGGGAUGCCACCUCUGCCUCCAAUGCAGUGGAGGAUGGGGAAGUUUCAACACAGUCUGGCCUUAUUCCCACCAAUACCACCUCCUAUAGCUGAUGUGAAAGAUCACCUUGUUUCUCCAGCAUUAGAGGGAGAGACUGCGCAGCCUGGGAAACAUGUGUUGCCUCUCUCAAUGGUUGUAGAUGAGAAGUUACAUUCUUCUGAAUAUUUUUCAGGUAAUUUGGCGCAGCCGAGUUCAAUUUUAUUGCAAAUGCCAACCAAGGUUAAUGGUGAAAAUAGUCAUCAAAAUUUCCUCCCUCCGGAGGGAACUCAAGAUUUGAGCCCCUUGUUGAGACAAUCAUCAUGUGGUGAGAGGCCUGAUCAUGGCUUACUGGCUUCAGAGGAAGAAAUGGUGCUGCCUAGUUUGAAUCUGUUCUUACCUGUACAAACUGUUGAAGAUGUGACUUCAAGACAUGGACAUGCUCCUGUAUCAUUAGAUGGACAACUAAUCCCAUCUCUAGACCACUUAGCUCCAGAACCAGAUUUAGAAGAUAAUAAGUUUCAACAUGCUCGCCAAAAUUCAGAAGAGGAAAUUGUGAACCCUCCUAAAACAUUUGUACGAACUGUAGAAGAUACAACUUCAAGACAUGCUCCUGCAUCCUUACAGGGAGAACUGAUCCAACCUCUGGACCACUCAGCACCAGAACCAGCUUUAGAACAAAAUAAGCUUCAAGGCACUUGCCAAAAUUCAGAAGGGGACCAUCCAAAAACAUUUGUACUUCCACAAACUAUGGGAGAUGAGCAAUUGGAGUACCCUUCACAGACUUCAAAGGAAGAAACUGAAUGGCUAUCAUAUUCAGAUGCCAUAGCACCAGCCUCCGUAGAUGGGAAGCUAAAUGGAAACCCUUCAGUUAAGCUUCCUCGUCCUCGAGAUCCGCUCAUUGAGGCUGUUGCUUCUCAUGACAAACGAACGUUGAGGAAGGUAACAGAAAGGGCUCGGCCUCAGAUUGGACCAAAGGUAGAUGAAAGAGAUUCACUCCUAGAACAAAUCCGUGCCAAGUCCUUCAACUUGAAACCUGCAGCUGUACCACGACCCAGCAUUCAGGGUCCUAGGACCAACCUAAAGGUUGCUGCCAUGUUGGAGAAAGCUAAUGCGAUUCGCCAGGCAUUAGCUGGAAGUGAUGAAGAUGAUGAUGAAGAUAGUUGGAGUGAUUCUUGAAAUCUUUGAUCUACUUGAUCUAUUACAGCUUGUCAAAACUGCAGUUGCCAUGAAAUGGAUGGGGAAUAUUGUAUUCUCCUCUAUAAUGAAUAGCAGGUUUCCAGUGAUCUGGUUAUUCUUUUCUGCUCUACUCUGUAUCCAUGUGUAAUAUCCUCUCUCUCUAUAUAUAUAUAUAGAUAUAUAAACUCUCAUCAGUAAGUGCCUAUGCUCUACCCACAUGAAUUUGGUGUGGGAUCAAAUGCUUUACAUGUAAAUGACAGCUGAGGCUCCGCGUGCAAGCGCUAUACGCCACCAAUUUCUAUGUAUUAUUCUUUUAAGAUUUCUGGGGGCAUAAAUUGCUGCUGGGUGGCAUAAAAUUCAAUAUAUAUGGUGUAUCUCUGAUGCAUUUUUGUAAACUAGUUUUUAGUGUGCUAUUUAAUGAAAUGUAUUCAGCCAUGUUUGUUUGCAUCCA